CCCUCACCUGCUCUUUCUCAUUUCCAUACCCAAUAUCUGCCUCCUUCUCCGAUCUUUCUUAUCUUCUUCUCCGAUCACGCAAAUGUCUCUCUCUCUCCCUCCGAUCCAUUUCAUGCUUUGCCUCCAAACUCGCUGAUUUCUCAGACCCACAUCCCCACAAUUUGUUUUACCUCUUAUUUAACUCCAAAAAUCUGCUUUCGCUGAUCAAAAAAAUCGCUGCAAUUGUGGCGUAUUAGAGGAGUUUCGGGGUUUUUCUUAACUGGGUUUCGAAGAGCAUUGUGAAAAUGCCUUCGGUACCCGUUGAACUCUUUAUUCUUCCUUUGGUUCCUUCUUUGACUUGCUUUCAUGGUGGUUCAUCUUUUCAUCGUCUGAAACGUCUUGAGAAAGGUGAUCGUCGUGGUAAUCUUAGUUAACACUUGCUUUAUUUUUCUUUCUUUUUCUCUGCUGUUGUUGUUGUGUUUUUUUGUUCUUUCGGUGAGAUAUUUUCCCGGUCAUUCUCGUUUCGUGAGCGAUCUGUACGAGAUUUGAAGUGGGGUUUUUGAGAAAUUCAAGAUCGAGAGGGAUUAAGGUUUUGGGUGGACAAAAGCUGAGAAAGAUAGUAGAUUCUGUUUGGUAAAAUACUAAAUACGCGUUCCUGGUUUGUCAUAGCCCGGAAAUUUGUUUAAGAAGCUGAUUUUGGCAAUGGACAGUCAAUCUUCUGAUGUAAAUGCCCUUGGGGAUGCUCUUCACGAGUCGCUAAAUAUCCAACAUGUUCAAGUGUCGGAACCUGCACCUGAUGGGCAUGAGGGGGAGGAAGACAUACAUGAAUGGAAGGAAACUUGCCCAAAGAAGCAUUUAAUCAAGUCUGAAACCUUUCCAUAUCCAAAGUUAAGGUUGCUUCCUAAUUCUUCUUCAGAUGAAGAAGGUGAAGAAGAUGAGGAACCUGAAAUAAUAUCACAGGGCCUCCAUUCUGAGGAAUCUAACGAUCAUGCCUACUCACGAUCGAUAUCGUUGCCAACUCCUUUGAAGCUUGUGUCUGCCAUGAAAGGUAGCCGUAGGACUCAGGGGAUUCCGCCGAAGAAACUGCCUGUGAAAUGGGCUCCUGAUGUGUAUGAUCCAAGGCCUACUUUGAUGUCACACUCGGUUAAAAACAAGAGCUCACAGAAGUAUAAAAACAACAAGAAAAAUGACAAGAAAAAUGAAAAGAAAAAUGGAAAGAAAGGGCAGAAGAACUCUUCACAUGGGAUAAGUGGCAAGGACAAGAAACAAUCUCGCAAGGCUGCUAAGGGUUCUAAUGAAUUUGAGGUUUUUGAAGUUGGCAGCUCCAACUCCCACUGUGGGAAUAGCUUCCUUAGAAAAUCACACACUGAGAUGCACUACCCUGUUGCUGAAGCAUUAUGAGUCGACAUUUCUGUACGAUGUCCUAUCUUUUGUUCCUGUGUGUGUGGAUAAAUAAGUAUUUGCCUCAACUGUUUUCAUAGUUUUUGAUGGUCUAAGAACUUUGGAUGAUACAUGCACUACUGUGUGGUGAUAACUUUUUAACUAAGUUAAUAUAUGGUGUUUGAUGCUUUGUA